AUGGACCAUUAAAAUAAUAAUACAAAGCAAAAGGAUUUUGCUGGUAUCUUGUGCUCGUAAUAUGCCAAACCAUAAAUAAAUUCGACGCCCAUCCAGAAGGUCUUUAUUGACCCGACUUAGAGGAUCUAUGAAGACAUAGUAGUGAGCGAGUAUCUUGAUGAACAUUCAAUUGUUGUGGAAUAAAAUGAUAUCUAAGUGCCAUAACCAUUUAUCGAGUGGAAAGAUUGCCAAUUUCCGAAUCAAUUAAAUAAGCGCAUAUCACUCAAAGCUUACAAUAGGCCCACUCCAAUUUAAGCAUCAGUGUUUCCUAUAAUUAUGUCUGGUCAUGAUUUGAUAGGAAUUGCUUAAACAGGAUCUGGUAAAACAAUAGCCUAUUUGCUUCCUGGACUCGUUCAUAUAGAGAGUCAACGCAAAAAGGGAGGACCAAUGAUGUUGAUACUUGUGCCUACAAGAGAGUUAGCAAUGCAAAUACAAGAGCAUAUUAGUUAUUUUUCUGAAGCAUACAAUAUGAAUUCUGCCUGUAUUUAUGGCGGUGCUGAUAAGAGACCUUAAGAAAUGGCAUUGGCCAGAGAUCCAGACAUUGUUGUGGCAACUCCAGGGAGAUUGAUUGACUUCCUAGAUGCUCAAGUAACAAAUCUUCACAAUGUUACAUAUUUGGUCUUAGAUGAAGCAGAUCGUAUGCUUGAUAUGGGAUUUGAAUAGCAAGUCAGAAAAAUUGAUAGCUAUAUUAGAGAAGAUAGACAAACUGUAUUCUUUUCAGCCACUUGGCCAAAAACAGUUUAAAAUCUAGCAUGUGAUCUAUGUCACAAUGAACCAAUUAAUUUAUAUAUUGGAAGUCAAGAAGUCACCAUUAACAAAAAUAUUACAUAAGAAACAAUUUGUUUAUAUCAAAAUGAAAAACAGGAAGAAUUACUUUAUAUUUUGGAAGAAUUAUCCAACAAAGAUAAAGUUUUGAUUUUUGUUGAAACUAAAAAGGACUGCGAGGACUUGGCCAGUUAUUUAUCUGAACAUGGAUUCUUUUGUAUGUCUUUGCAUGGUGAUAAGACUCAAUAAUAAAGAGAUUAUGUCAUGAAAGAAUUCAAGGCUUCCAAAUGCAAAUUACUAUGCGCUACUGAUGUUGCAUCAAGGGGACUUGAUGUGAGAGACAUUAGUUUAGUUAUCAAUUAUGAUUUCCCUAAUUAAAUUGAUAAUUAUGUCCACAGAAUUGGGAGAACUGGUAGAGCUGGUGAUAAGGGAAGAAGUAUUACUAUGAUUACUUUGGAUGCCAUGGAUCCAAGAGUUGCAAAAUAAUUGGUUGAUCUAUUAAAAGACUCAGAAUAGGUUGUGAAUGACGAUCUCUAUGAUUUCGCCUAUUCAAAACCAUAUCAAAAGAGCAAGAGACCCAAUCAAAGGAAAAAGCCUAAUGAUAAACCUAUUACCCAAUCCAAACCUGUUAAUAGCAACAAUCUAAAUACCUAAAAACCAUAGCAGAAGCAGUUUAAUUUGAAGGCAUCAUCUCCUGUUAAAUAAUCAACAUCAUCGAUGCCCCCUCCCCCAGAAUUGAAGAAAGCCUUUUCAGAUGCUCCAGUCUUUGGUUUUUUCAAUUCAAAAAAAGAAUGA